GUUAUAGAACCAAUUUCAAAACCUAGGGAAAAUGAAAAGGAGUCUAGUGAGUCUGAAGAAAGUAGCCCUAGUGAUGAGGCAGUAGGAAAUCCAUCGAGGGUACCUUUUCCACAAGCCCUUAAGCUUAGCCCAAAAUCAGUCAAUCAACACAAUGAGAUCCUAGAACACCUUAGGCAAGUAAAAAUCAAUCUUCCACUCUUGCAUGUAAUUUCACAAGUUCCUACAUAUGCGAAAGUCCUUAAGGACUUGUGCACUGUGAAGAGGAAACACAUUGUCAAGAAGACUGCCUUCUUGACCGAACAAGUGAGUGCUGUGAUUGAACAAAGGAUCCCACCGAAAUAUAAGGACCCUGGCUGUCCAACUGUUUCCUGUGUCAUCGGGAACCAUGAGUUUGCACAAGCUUUCCUUGAUCUGGGAGCCAGUGUUAAUCUCAUGCCCCAUUCCAUAUACUUACUAUUAGGUCUUGGUGAAAUUAAACCCACUUCUGUGGUUCUACAACUAGCUGAUAGAUCCACUAUAAGACCUAGGGGAGUAGUUGAAGAUGUGUUGAUUCAAAUUGAUAAAUUCCACUACCCCGUUGAUUUCUUAGUCUUGGAUGUGAAGGUUGAUGUUAAUGUUGAUUCUAAAAUUCCUAUUAUUCUUGGUAGACCUUUCCUCGCCACAGCUAACGCCCUUAUAAAUUGCAGGAAUGGUCUAAUGAAAUUGUCUUUUGGGAAUAUGACUCUAGAAGUCAACAUUUUUCACAUUGCUAAGCAACCAAUGGAAAGUGAUGAGUGCCACCACACACAUAUGAUUGAGGCACUCACUCAGGAGGAGGCACUUGAGACUACAAAUUCUGACCCCUUAAAUCUUUUUCUUUUGAAUUCUUCAAUUCCA